AUGGUACAAGACACUUCGGAUGACUACGCAAAAGUAAAUUCCCCGGCGUUUGGUCUCCGUCCGAGUAACACUGCAAGCGACUGUAAUCCAAAGCAAGAAUUGGAUGAUGAAAUUCACCAACAAACGCACGAUUCCGAAGAUUCGCUUGCGAAAAAAAUAUUGCGAGGCAUACUUUACGGUGUUGCAUCAGUCGCUGCGCUUUAUUUUUUCAUGGUUGCUGUCAAGCUCAUUGGUGACGGCUUUACACUAGCUCUCGGUUGUGAUACAAAGGGGGCUUUUGACUUUGCUGACAAUCCAGUGGCUGGUCUGAUGAUUGGUACCAUUGCCACUGCACUACUUCAUAGCUCCGGUACAGUCACAUCUAUCGUUGUUGCUCUAGUGGGCUCAGGAGGUAUGACAAUUCGCCAAGGUGUGUACGUAAUCAUGGGUGCCAACAUUGGAACAUGCAUUACGUGCAUUAUGGUAGCAUUCGGCCAGGUUGGAGACCGGGCUCAAUUCCAGCGCGCAAUGGCUGCUGCAACGGUCCACGAUAUGUACAAUUUGUGGUCAGUCUUCGUGCUUUUCCCUCUUGAAGUCCUUUUCCAUCCGCUUGAAAAACUAUCGGUCGCCAUGUCAGACGCCAAGACCGACGGUGGUGCGUUUUCAAGCCCUGUUGAUGCUAUCGUAAACCCGUUGGCAAAACAAUUAAUUGUUGUAGACAAGAAGGCUAUCUAUAAUGUUGCCACCGGUGAUGAGCAAUGUCUUCCCGAUCACUCAUUUAACACCGGAGGCGUGUUUGAAGGCUCGGGUUUAAGUGACAGUGGCAUUGGUGGCAUCACAGUCGUAAUUGGCUUUUGUAUCUUGGUCUGCUCUUUGCUCAUGCUGGUCAAGAUGCUUGCCAAGGUGUUCCUGGGUCCAACGAAGCGCCUUAUUGCUAAGCUUCUGAACUACAAUGGUUAUGUCAAUAUUAUCGUUGGAACUUUGAUCACGUUUUGUGUUCAUUCAUCUACAGUCGUGACAUCUACACUAACCCCUUUGGCUGGAUUGGAUGUUGUUAAACUGGAGCAAGUAUACCCGCUUGUAAUUGGAGCCAAUCUUGGCACAACAGGCACGGCACUCCUCGCAGCACUGGUUACCGGAAAAUCUGACUCGGUGGCUAUCGCACUCGUGCACUUUUGGUUUAAUCUGUUCGGCAUCUUGUUGUUCUACCCAAUCCCAAUCACUCGCAAACCCAUCUUGUCUUGGGCUCGAGCGCUGGCGUUCUCCAGUGCUGCGUGGCCGUUGACCGCCGUGAUUUUCCUCAUUGUUCUCUUUUUGGUGGCUCCAGGAAUUUUGCUCGGAAUGGUUUACAUGUGUACUGCCGAUCACACUGAAGUGCAAGUGAUUGGAUACAUUCUUAGUGCAAUUGUUGUACUUGCACUAGCAGGAUUCGUAUUCUGGUACUUGAAAAAAGGUGGUCGAUCGAUCUGGCACUCAUUCUUGGAAAAGAAGCGCCUUCAGCGUGAACUUCAGGUGACAAGCGAAGGUGUCAGAAUGACCUCCCCAACCCAUUUCUCCCAUAAUGUUGUUUAA